AAUAUCGAGGUGCUAUAGGAAGUGCUUAUUCCGGGCCGUUCCAUGGGUAUCUGCAGACAUAGGGGCGGGCCGGUAGUGCAAGGUUCACCGCUGACACAACCGCGAGCUUCGGAGUGCCGAGUGCGCAGGUUCGGUUUAUCGUUGCCCGGCCACUGUCCGCUUUCUCGCCCUUCAACCCGGUGGGUCCCGCACCCCUCCAUUCCAGCUAGUUACCCGAGUGACGUCAAAUGUACCAUCGUGACACGCAGAGAAUCGAAAUAUGCACUUUCCCAUAUGAAGCCAUCACCUCCUUGCGUACGAGCACAAACAUAAGAAAAUAACAUGGACCACGGCAAAUCUACCUCCCGCCAUCAAUGCACCUACAAUGAUCCUCCACCGGGUGUUCACCACCUUGCUCCUCCUCCCGCUCGCUACCAGCUCCCACUCCCCGCACCUAUUCACGCUCCUCAUCAACGCCUUGAACGGCACCCACCUGAUGUCCCUGCCCCCUAGCAGCCUUGCAGUUUCAGCGCUCCUCGAGCUCCACCACCCCCUCGCAGUCCUCGACGACCGUCCACAGACGUUUACCCUCACCGACCAGCACCUGCUCAAGCUCGCGGACACCGGGAAGAUCGCGUUUCUUACUUCGACAAACCAGGUGGCGUUCUCGACGGCCCGGCGAUGGCUGGCGGUGGAGGCUGUGAUGGAACUGAGGUGUCAGGAGAUGGGGAGAGGCAUGGCCGUGCUGAGACCUAUGGAUGCGAAGAUGGCGUUCUGUGUUGAGCGGGACAAAGGACAUGGUUAUGGGCUGUUUGUUCGGACGAAGAGUCACACGGGCUAUGGAUCACCGUGUAUCGGCGUUGUCGUGACGGUUAUGAGGGGAGGAGCUGAAGCGUGAGGUGGAUGAUACUCAUGCCUGGUAUUAGCGGUCC